AUGAGCAGUGUACCAGGCUCCGGCUCUGGUGCUGGUACAGGGGCUGGCUCUGGAGCUGGUAAUGGCUCCAGCACUGGCCUUCCAGCUUCGACUUCCCCUUACCCAUUACCAACCACAGCCAUCCCUACCAUCUAUCGCACGCGCAGGUCCUCUUACGCCUCCGUCCUGUCGCGCCAGCCAGGUCAAGCAGAGCACGAGCAUGACGAGCACUACCCUCCGUCUCCGUUCCGCUCAAGUCUAACCGCAUCGUCUAGCACCAAUAACAACGCCAUCCAAGAUACCUCCUCCUCCAGAUCCCGCAACCAAGUCCCUUUCUCCUCUUCCGCACCCCCCGCAGAUCCCGCAGCCAUGCAGCAGCAGACAAACGGCAGCGGUGCCGGCGCAGGCUCAACCACAAACAGCUGGCGGAGACCAAACUCAAACAUCUCCUUCCAACUGGGCCAGGGCAUCGGCAUGGGGCAGCUCCCAUCAUACUCAAAGCAAUUUGAGAAACUGCUCGAACAGGCAGAUCUGAAUGCCCUACCUUUUGGCCUCAACAAUUCGCUAUACCAACAAAACCCAGAAGACUCCUUCUUCACCCCCUCAUACCUCCGUUCGUCAAAAUACGUUGCCCAGCUAUAUGCAGCUCACAAGGCAAAGCUCUCCUCCCAACGGGAUGCUCAAUCACAGAAUCAGCAUACACCUACCCCAGGCUCCUCCGCCCAACAUCUCCCCUCAGCCUCCUCACUCCCUCUAUCUGCCUCGUCGAGUCAGCUUAACCUACACCGCAUGGCGCCUUCGCACAGAGGAAUGACAUAUGACAUCGUUGAGAGUCAUGGUCCUGGCGGUGACUCGACUGCACCGCUAGAGGGACAGCAACUUACCCCAUUACCUUCGCGCUGGAACGAGAGUGAUAAGUACAGCGGCCUGGAUUUGUUAGGAGAAGGGCUAGAGGUACGGUAUAUUGGCCAUGUGCCUAAACAGGAACACGAGGCCGCAGCUGUAAGAGCCGAUCAACCCAUGCCCGUCAAAUGUGGCAUAUAUUACUUUGAAGUCACUAUCCUAGCCAAACCGAAAGACGGUAUGAUUGGAGUGGGUUUCUCGAAUAACAAGGCUUCCCUGGAGAGAUUGCCAGGCUGGGAGCAGGAAUCCUGGGCCUACCAUGGUGAUGACGGUAAGACGUUUUUCGGCGACAACCAAGGCCAGGGAAGGCCUUAUGGACCUACGUUUACCGUCAAUGAUACGAUUGGAUGCGGCAUUGUGUUCUCUACUGGAAACGCUUUUUUUACAAAAAAUGGGUCUUUCCUCGGAAGCUCAUUACUAAUGGCCAUGGCAGGAAAUGCGUUCCGUGAUUUGAAGCCCGCAAAGCUCUACCCUUGUGUAGGCAUGAGAAAACAACCUGGCGCACAUGUCAAGGCGAACUUUGGCCAGUUUCCAUUCAUCUUCGACAUAGAUAGUAUGAUGGCGAGUGAAAAAUAUGAUGUCCAGCAAAACAUCCAGAGGACGGACCUCUCUACCUUGCAUCCUACAUUAGAUGAAUCGGAAUUCAUGCAGAAACUCGUUGCCCAGUUCCUUGCACAUGAUGGGUAUGUAGAAACUGCCAAGAUAUUUGCACAGGAAGUUCAGGAUGAAAAGCGUGCUUUGCAAACUUCCGGAGAAAUGUCCAUGAAGGAACUCGAGGUUGAGGAUGACAUAGAUGCCAUCAACAGACAAAGUACGCCCAGGCUUCAUCUAUUCCCUAUCAGAUGGUACCAACUAACUUCGUGCCCAGAAAUACGAGCAGCGAUACUGGAGGGAGACAUCGACAGGGCCCUGAAGCUGACGAAUGUACACUAUGCCAGCGUCCUCGGUGACAACCCGCACAUCCAUUUCAGACUACGAUGCAGAAAGUUCAUUGAGAUGAUGCGUCGCUGUACUGAGCCGCAGCCUGCCGCAAUCAAUUCAUCAAACGGCCUGUCGGAACCUACCAGAACCACUUCCGACGGCUUCACACUCGACAUGGAAGUCGAUGACCAAAUGCCUGACGUCGAUGCCAACGAAGCAAUUGCUGCUAGCGACAUGAUGGAUACUGACGCCGGAAAUACCAACAAUGCUAACAAUGACACCACAACUGUCAAAAAGGACCAAGAUCUUCUGCACGAAGCUAUACUGUAUGGCCAGCAGCUACAAGCUGACUACCCCGGUGACGAGAAGAAGGAGCACAAAAAGACCCUGGACGACAUCUUCUCACUAGUAGCCUAUGCGGACCCCAAAACCUCUGUUCACGGCCACUUGUUGGAUCCCAGCGGUCGAGUUGCAGUCGCGGAGGAACUAAACUCUGCCAUCUUAGGUAACGCCCCUCCACGCUUGUUUCCCACUGCAUCUACUAACAGACUGCCAUAG